UUUCAAUCAGUGUGUUGUUAGGCAAUGCAAGUUGAUCUAUUGUUUUGGUGGUGAUCAGUUUAGUUAUGGCAGCAAAGCCGUUUGAAAAUGGGCCGCAUGGUCAACAUGCGGUAGCAAGGCCCCUUGGGCCACGCCAGCCAGUUCCUCAGCCCAACCCUGAUACACGGCACCCAGUGCAUGGACCCCAAGGACCAGGGCCCCAUCUGACCGAACAUCCGCCCCAUCGUGUGCACCAGCCUCGACCCUACUUCUACGUGCAGCCUAUGCAGCCCCCUCCUCCUCCCCUCUACCACUACCAGUGGCCAAUGCCCUACAACCCAUACUCUGGCUUUCCAGGGAUGGGUUACGGUAUGCCGGGUAUGGUUAUGCCACCGUUCCCUCCCCACCCAUACAUGGAGGCUCCGGGUUAUUUUCUUCCACAUGCCCAGCUGCACCCUGCGGAGUACAGACGAUACCAGUUCCCUCCUGCUGCCAUGGUCUACCAGAACCACAACAAUAGGUCGAGAACGUUUUACCAGAACACCACACCCAGAGAGACUGUCAACUCCGAAGUACAGACUGAACCACCACCUGAAGCGGAGAAAGACUGUGCCCCCUCGGCUGCCCCUCUGGCUGGGUCAGACUCUGGAAGAGGCACCGACUCUACCAACUCCACCACCCCAUCCUCGCCAAGCUCCAAUGCAGAGAAACAGAGAUGCCCAGAGGAAGAACCUAAUUCCCCCAUUGCCUCCAAAACUGGAUUCCAGGGGAUGGUGAGGGGCCAGGGUACUGGCACAGACCCACCUGCAGGAACGAAGACCAUCCACUCACGUAGGACCUCCAUAGAGGAACUGGGGAAGCCCGUCCAUGGUGGAGGCCACCUAGUGCAUCAUGUGUGGUCAGUCUGCUCUGCCGAUGGCAUGGUCCCGAUGUGUAGCUCCUCUGACCAGGAGGAUGAGGUUAUCAUGGCUGAGAGGCGUGUGUCCUCCUCCUUCCCAGAUGUGUUGAUGGGUGGAGGGUCGCCAUCUUCCAAAAUGGAGGGGGCACCCAAAUGUGGUCAGACUCUCACCCAAGAAAUGACACAUGAGAAUACCACAGAGGGCUACAACGUGGUCAUGACAGGAAGCUGUGAAGGCUUUCCGAACUUAGAGAAUGGUCACUACAAAAUACUGAAGCUACCUUUUAUCUUUCAUGACUUGAUGACUGAGUCAAAGGUGAAUGAGUCUGUGCGGUCAAUGGAGUCAAUGGCACCAUAUGUCCCUUCUACAGAGUGGCUGAUACAGAAUGAACUGAUGGAGCCAGAAGAUGUGGCACAGGAGUCGUCUGAGAAAGUGUCAGAUGAUCAAAGCCAGAUGUCAUUUCAUUAUAGGCAGGUACCGGAAAAGUUGAAUGAGUCAGUAUGGUCAGUGCAGUCUUUGGCCCCGUAUAUCCCCUCCAAAGAAUUGCUGGUAGAGAAAAAAUCUGAUCCUGCUAACGUCAGUCAAGGCCUCCGAGCCAGUCAGGUCAUGGCUAUAACAGAGAGGAGGAGAAGUCGGAGGUUUUCGCUGACUUUAGAAAACUUGAAAGAGGCUGAGAAAAUGUCUGACGAGAAUGCUACUCCAUGCCAGGAGUCAUUCCAUUAUAGCCAAAUACAGAGAAAGGCUAAUGAGUCUGUUUGGUCAGUGCAGUCUUUGGCGCCGUAUGUCCCCUCCAGAGAGUGGCUAAUACAAAAUGAGGUUCUGGAUCCUGAAGAGGAGACUGAGAAAGAAUCUGAUGUGAAUGUCAGUCAAGGCCUCACAGCCACCCAGGUGUUGGCUAUAACCGAGAGGAGGAGAAGUCAAAGGUUGUCCCUGUCAUCGGUAGACUCUCUUCCCCCUUAUGUUCCCUCUUCCUGUUGGCUGGCCGACAUGGGAAAUGUGUACUACUAUAGCAAGCUCCCGCUAGGAUCUGAAGAGAAUAAGCACGUUAUCCGCACGCCAAUGGAUAAAUUCACCCCAUCAAAGGGGCCAAACAUGAACUCCGAAUCUCUGCCCAGCAGCAAAAGGGAGAGCAAACUUCGACGCAACCUACACAUGGAGCCUGUGGAAAUAGCCAAUGUGGAUGGUUCACCUAUUCUGCUCUCAAGCAAAAGUGCAAUGAUCCCAAGUCUUGAAGGAUCAUUGAAUAGCACUCAAGGGUCACUGAAACCCAAGGCUCAAUGUAGCCCAAAUCUGAAGGCUCAGGAAAUUACAGAGCACAGGGCCCAGAGCCCUCCCUGCUCUCCAGAUGACCCUGAAACAUAUGCCUCCAAAUGUAUGGCAGGAGACAAAGAGUCUGUUUACAGUUGUCCAGGUCCCUGCAACCAGGAAAUGGAGACUGAAGAGAAGGAGCCUGCUGUACCCAGUCGACAGGGCUGUGAGCAGCUGAUCACAGAUGUUAGGAUGCUAACGGCUCCUUCCUCAAACAGACACUUCAAGGUGUGUGGUCUGAAGUGUUCAAAGCUACAGGAGAGGAACUGCUCCUGUCAGGAGCCAAAGCUAAACGUAGGGAGUUUCAGGAAGAGCCCCACAGGCAGACUGAAUGAGGGAAAUGUGGCCCCUGAUCUCCUCAAGCCUCAGGAGCAGCAGUGUCACAUUUCACAGAAUCAGAAACGACAGAUUGAUUCCAGGAGAGCAAACAAGGCCAGGCCUAGUCAUGAAUCUGGUGAAAAUGGAUAUGGCCCAAACAAUAACUCAAAGAAACGGAGACCAUGGCAAAAUGGACCACCGGAUGGAACACAGGCACAGACUAACCCAUCAAACUCCUUUGGACAGCGGAACACCCAGAGGAAUGGCUACCAAGAACCCUGUAAUGGGUAUUAUGGCAGAUCUGGAAAAACAAGAGGAGCAAAUGGAAAAAACCCAAGGUACUGACUGACCAGACUGUCACCAAGUGACUAAGACAUUUUAAUAACCCUAUUUAUAGGCCUACCUCAAACAA